CGGCGGCGGCGGGCGCGGCCACCACCAGCAGCACGAGCGAGGCACACCGGCCACCAAGGAGAGGGAGAAGUGGGAGGCGUGUGCCAAGGACCGCCAGUGCCUCGACGCCGACUGCAGCAGCUGCACAGACGAUGACUUGCCGUGCCAGCGCACGUGCGUGUGGAAGUGCCUGUGCGGCUGCGGGGGCCGGCCGUGGGGCGACAAGGGCUACCUCGUGUGGGAGAAGUGCUACGCGGGCUGCAAGCGCGGCCACAAGGCGUGCCGGUCGGGGUGCGGCGACGCCGCGCAGCACGAGGACUGCGCGGACGCGUGCUGGCUGGAGCGCAACAAGUGCAGCUGCCAGUGCAGCCAGGCCGUGAGCGCGACGACGCCAGCCAGAGACCGAACCUAGCGCACCCAGAAGACCGUAACUUUGACUUGACGAAAUCACGAACUGACGAUAUUUUCGUUAAUUAGAAGAAAAAAUUUCUUUAGCUCAAACAAAAUUUGAUCAAUCUAACAAAACUUGCGUUGUGUAAAAGAAAUUUUUUCGUUCAAUGAACGAAAAAGUUUUCUUUGGUUUCUGGCACGAAAUUUUCGCCGAAUGAAAUAAAAUUUCUUUAAUUCAAAGAAACGGUUUUCUGGGUGCAACUGUGUUGGCGAACGACACAAACGAUGCCAGUUUUCAGCGCGAUAAACCACUAUUUCCUAUUACUCUGUGGCUCUGGCUCGGAGAAGUGUUGACGUCGUGAGUGCACCCCCAGCGCCGCGGCUGCGUGGCGGCGAAAGCGAAAAGACUGUUCGGCUGGCAAUGAUCUAACGCCUAACUGUUGACUGGUUUGGAAGAACGUUCGUGCGUGGGCAAUAUAUCACCUCUGCUAAAUGACCAACACAGAUAUACUACCAGAAAAAAGGUUUUAAAACUGUUAAAACAAUAAAGAAAAUCAGAAAACAA